AUGGAAGCAGGGAGGGGGAUCCUGAAAGAGGGCUUUCUAGUUAAAAAGGGUCACGUUGUCCCCAAUUGGAAAGCAAGGUGGUUUGUUCUUCUCCAGGACAGGCUGCUCUAUUAUAAAGUGGUGGGAGGAAAGCAGGAGUCUUCUCCCAAAGGAAAGAUUUUUCUGGAUGGCUGUACAAUUACGUGCCCGUGUUUGGAUUAUGAGAAUAGGCCGUUAGUUAUUAAGCUAAGGACAAAAACCAACACAGACUAUUUCCUUGACUGUUGCUCUCGAGAAGAGCGUGACAUUUGGGCUUUGGAUAUCACGGGUGCUAUUCAUGCUGGCAAUCCAGUGCAAGUUCAGCAACUUCAUCUCAUGAGAAACUCCUUCAAACUUCCUACAAAUAUCAGUUUGAAUCAUAUUGUGGACAAAAUGUAUGACAACAGCAGCGGAAUCAGACAAGGCAGUUUGUAUAAAGAAAGCUUUACAGGCUCCAUACUGGUGGAUUGGUUGAUUUCCAGUAGCUUUGCAGCUUCCCGGCUUGAAGCAGUCACACUGGCCUCUGUGCUGAUGGAUGAAAAUUUUAUUAAACCUGUGGGAGUUCGCAGCACUGAAGCCAUAAGGAAUGGAGAUUUGACUGAGCAAUUUUUGGAUGACUCUACUGCCUUGUAUGCAUUUGCUGAAAGCUAUAAGAAAAAAAUUAAUACUAAAGAACAGCUCAAUAUUAACAUACUUGAACUGAGUGGCACAAUUUUAAAGCAAGGCUUUUUGAUAAAACAGGGGCACAAGAGGAAGAACUGGAAAGUCAGGCGCUUUGUCCUGAGGUCUGAUCCUGCUUUCUUACAUUAUUAUGACCCCACAAAGGAAGAUAACAAACCAGUUGGGGGAUUUUCUCUCCGUGGUUGUCUUAUUUCAGCACUGGAAGACAAUGGAGUCCCUACAGGAGUGAAAGGAAAUGUGCAGGGCAACCUCUUCAAAAUCAUCACAAAGAAUGACAUUCACUACUACAUACAGGCUAGUUCCAAGGCGGAAAGAGCUAAUUGGAUUGAGGCAAUCAAGCCACUAACAUAG